AUGGGUAACGGGGCAAGCAUAUCCUUCUGGAAGGAGUGUUGGAUUACUGAUGAACCUCUAUGCAAAAAACUACCAGGAUUGUACCCUUUAGAGAGUAACAAAAACGCGAAGGUGAUGGAUAGAUUACGAGUAACACCUGAGGAAAAAAUAACAAAAACCCAAUGGGAGAGAAACCCGGAAACAGAUGAGGAAAAAUUUCAGCUUGAAGAAUUAAUGUCGAUGCUCAUGAUGACCGACAUACAGGGCGGAGAUGAUACAUGCGCAUGGAAUCUCGAAUCUGCUGGUGGGUUCACAGUUAAGAGCCUUGGAAGACGGAUGGAACAAGCAAGCAACCCGGGUCCGGGUAUGGGUUUCGAGUGGAAUAAUUGGGUACCGCUAAAGGUUAAUUUCCUUGCGUGGAGGAUAUACAUGGGUCGGGUCGCAACAAUGGAUGGGUUACGAAGGAGAAAUGUGCAUUUGGAUUCUUAUCUGUGCAAAAUCUGCGGCGAGGUAGACGAAACCGAUGAUCAUUUGUUUGUUGGAUGUCAGUUUGUUUUAGCUGUGUGGGAUAGUAUCGUCGAAUGGACCAGAUGCCCAAGAUUGUUCGCAAUCACCGUUAAGGACGUUAUUACCAUUCAUAAUCAGAUCCGGGGCACUAGAAAAUGGAGAAAACUUAUACAAUCGAUAGUCAUGGUUGCUCUUUGGGGAAUACGGAGGAGUAGAAAUGACCGGGUCUUUAACGAUAAGGAGCGUAGCUUGGACGAAGUGAAGCAUGAAAUUCGCCAACUGAGCUUUCUAUGGUUCAAAUAUAGAGUGAAAAGAUUAUCGGUAACAUGGGAUCAUUGGUGUAAUAUGGAAUUGUCAUGUAUGAGUUUGUGA